CGGGCUGAGUUUGUACGAGGAAGUGGUGAGUGAGCUGGGUUCAGUUUCCAGUACGGUGCUUCUUUUUGGUAUUCCUUUGUUGUUUGCGGUGGUGUUCAGAGUUCCAGACCCGGUCCAGGUGCAGACAGGAUGAACUGGGCUGGUUUUUCCUCCGUGGUGCUGGUCGGAUGGACCCGGACCUUCAGUCGCCCUCCAGCUGCUGUGUGUGCUUCCUGGAGCAGGGUGCAGCACUGCUGGCAGUCCACACAGCCUGUCCCUGCUGCCCGGAUACCCUACAGGAUCAAGGUGUCUGCUGGGAAACGCUACGCCUGGUGUGCAUGUGGACACAGCAAGAAACAGCCUUUCUGCGAUGGAGCUCACCGAUCAAAAGCACCGGACAUCUCACCAGUCCGCUUCACUCCUGAAAAAGAUCAGAGGGUUAUGCUCUGUGCUUGUAAGCAAACAAAAAAUGCACCCUACUGCGAUGGCUCACACUUCAGGGUCAUCUACCAGGAUGUAGUCAAGUCCAUAAAAGGCAUCUUUAAAUGAGACUGUCAGAGGCUGCGGAGCAAUGACAAGAGAAGAGAUACAAAAAAUGACAUCA